GCAUCCUCCUAACCGUGUCCUAAACGAAAAUGCAUCGCGAAACACGUCGUACGGUGAAAUUGUGAAAAUUUCUUCGAAUUUUGAGCACAACUGAUGUGACGUGAAAAGUUUAUUCUACGUGUGUCACAUAAAAAGACACCGAAUUGUCUUGUUUUAAUAAUUUGGUCCAUUAAUAUAAAAUAACGGAAAGAUGCCGCGAAUUAUGAUAAAGGGUGGCGUUUGGCGCAACACCGAAGAUGAAAUUCUCAAAGCGGCUGUCAUGAAAUAUGGCAAAAAUCAAUGGAGUCGUAUAGCUUCGUUGCUUCAUAGAAAAUCAGCGAAACAGUGCAAGGCUCGUUGGUUCGAAUGGUUGGAUCCGAGCAUCAAGAAGACCGAAUGGAGCAGAGAAGAGGAUGAGAAACUUUUGCACCUUGCAAAACUCAUGCCCACACAAUGGCGAACUAUAGCACCUAUCAUUGGACGUACAGCGGCACAAUGCCUGGAACGCUACGAAUAUUUAUUGGAUCAAGCCCAGAAAAAAGAGGAAGGAGAGGAUGCGGCUGACGAUCCCAGAAAACUUAAACCAGGCGAGAUCGAUCCGAAUCCUGAGACGAAACCAGCUAGACCGGAUCCGAAAGACAUGGACGAGGAUGAAUUGGAAAUGUUAUCCGAGGCACGUGCGAGACUGGCGAAUACGCAAGGCAAAAAAGCGAAACGCAAAGCUCGUGAAAAGCAGUUGGAAGAAGCACGUCGUUUAGCAGCUUUACAAAAACGUCGUGAACUUCGAGCGGCAGGAAUAACAGUUUCGCAGAAAAAUAAGCGUAAACGGGGUGUGAAUUACAACACCGAAAUACCGUUCGAAAAACGUCCGGCUUCAGGUUUUUACGACACUUCCACCGAACAUGUCGAUCCGCUCGCUACAGAUUUUUCUCGUAUGCGGCAACAGCAUCUUGACGGUGAGCUCAGAACAGAGAAAGAAGAAAUCGAGCGACGCAAAGACAAACAGAAGAUGAAGCAACGCAAGGAAAAUGAUAUACCAAUGGGAAUGUUGAACAAUGAUGAGCCAUUGAAAAAACGAAGCAAACUCGUUCUUCCUGAACCCCAAAUUUCCGAUCAGGAGUUACAACAAGUUGUCAAACUUGGACGUGCUUCGGAAGUCGCGAGAGAAGUCGCUACCGAAAGCGGCAUCACUUUGUCGGACAGUCUUCUAGCCGAUUAUUCUCUAACGCCAAAUAUUGCUGCAACGCCCCGGACACCUGCGGUCACCGAUCGCGUCCUUCAAGAAGCUCAAAAUGUCAUGGCUCUCACACACGUAGACACUCCCUUGAAAGGUGGCUUAAAUACCCCUUUGCUGAAUCCGGAUUUCAGCAGCGUUAUUCCAGCUGCGAAUGCAAUUGCGACACCGAACACCGUCCUGACGACACCGUUCCGUUCUCAGCGGAGUGACGGAACACCCUUGAAUACGUCUUUCAAUACUCCGGCUUCAUUGAGAACACAAAACGGUGCGCUCAUGCCAACACCGGUUCGUGAUAAACUCAGUAUAAAUCCCGACGACGGUCUUGAUGGCUCCGAAACUCCGGCUCUGCAGAAACAAGUCAAGGAACAAUUGCGGGCUGGCCUUAGCACACUGCCGGCACCCCGGAACGAUUACGAGAUCGUCGUACCCGAAGACGAAACGAAGGAGGAUGGCACCGAAAUCCCGGUUGACGACGUUAUCGAAGAUCAAGCUGACAUUGACGCGAGAAAACAACAAGAAAUUUUAGAACAAAAUAAAAAAGAACUUGCACGAAGAUCACAAGUCAUUCAGAGGAGCUUGCCUCGCCCAGUUGAGGUCAAUAUGAAUAUACUGCGACCAAUAAUGGACUCACCAUUGACUGAUCUUCAAAGGGCAGAAGAGCUGAUUAAAAGAGAAAUGAUCGCAAUGCUGCAGUACGACGCAAUACAGAAUCCACUUCAAACGAAUAACAGACGCGGUGCAUCGAUCAUGUCCCUCGCUCAAUCUUAUCUCGAUCAGCAUCCUUAUGACAAUUUUGAGCAGGAAGAUCUUAAAGCUGCAGAACAACUUCUCACCGAUGAAAUGAACGUCGUACGAGAAGGAAUGGCCCAUGGCGAUCUCAGUUUGGACGCCUAUACUACAGUUUGGGAGGAAUGUUUGUCUCAGAUUUUGUAUCUGGAGACACAAAAACGAUACACGAGGGCGACCCUGGCUUCCAAAAAGGAUCGCGUGGAAGCUUUUGAGAGAAAAUUGGAAGAGAAUCGGGUUCAUAUGACUGGAGAAGCGAAACGAGCUGCAAAAAUGGAGAAGAAAUUGAAAAUACUCACCGGUGGCUAUCAAUCUCGCGCCCAAGUGUUGACAAAACAACUGCACGAUCACUGGGAACAGAUUGAACAGGCACACUUGGAGCUUUCAACUUUCAAAUUUUUGCAAGCUCAGGAAGAAGCGGCUGUACCGAGAAGAAUAAAUGGUCUUAUGGAUGACGUGAACAGGCAAACUCAGCGUGAAAAGGUUCUGCAAUCUCGGUUUUCCGACCUUCAGGAUCAGUUACAAGAAUUACAACUGCAAUGACUAAAAAAUGAAAAUCGAAUAAAAAAAAGGAGAUGAAAUAGGGACGAGGCGGUAUAAGAAACGACAGAAAGGUAAUUUUCUGAAAAAAUAAUGCUGUUCAUAAAAAAAGCUCACUUCGACUUUCGAAUCAAUAAAAAAUGAAAAAAAAAUUGUUCGAUGAAUAUCGACGAAUAAUUAAAAA